UCUCUGUAUCUAUGUGUUUGUUUUUGUUUGGUUUAGUCAUUUAUUUUGGGCUUUUUUGUUUGUUUCUUUUUUAUAUUCCACAUAUGAAUGAAAUCAUACAGAAUUUUUCUUUCUCUGUUUGACUUAUUUUACUUAGCAUAAUUCCCUCAAGGUCCAUCCAUGUUGUCACAAAUGGCAAGGUUUCGUCUUUUUUAUGGCUGAAUCGUAUUCCAGUGUGUAUAUAUAUACCACAUCCUCUUUAUCCAUUCAUCUGUUGAUGGGCACCUAGGUUGUUUCCAUGUCUUGACUAUUGUAAAUAGUGCUGCAAUGAACAUACGGGUGCAUAUAUCUUUUCAAAUUAGUUAUUUUGUAUUCUUUAGAUAAAUACCCAGGAGUGGGAUUGCUGGCUCAUAUGGUAGCUCUAUUCUUAGUUUUUUGAGGAAUCUCUAUACUGUGUUUAUAGUGGCUGCACCAAUUUACAUUCCCCUCAACAGUGCCCAAGGGUUUCCUUUCCUCCACAUCUUCACCAACCCUUGUUAUUUCUUGUCUUUUUGAUAAUGGUCGUCCUAACAGGUGUGAGGUGUUACUUCAUCACGGUUCUGAUUUGCAUUUAUUUCCCUCAUAAUUAGUGAUGGUGAGCAGCUUUUCACGUGUCUGUUGGCCAUCUGUAUGUCUUCUUUGGAAAAGUGUCUAUUCAGUUCCUCUGCCCAUUUUUUAAUCAGGUUGUUUUUUUGUUGUUGAGUUAAUUAUAUAUUAUGUUAUAAGGGGUAUUAACCCCGUAUUGGAUAUAUCAUUUGCAAAUACCUUCUCCCAAUCGGUACGUUGUCUUUUUGUUCUGUCGAUGAUUUCCUUUGUUGAGCAGAAGGUUUCUAGUUUGAUGUAGUCCCAUUUAUUGGGAAGUACAGUCCUUUGGAUGGGUAUGUGGCUGUCUAAAUGAAAAUCAGGGUUCUGUUUCAAAGGAAGAAGGUGAUGGUUAGAUACCUGGCUGUGUCUGCUAAGCCUUGAAGUUGCCUCAUCAGGUACUGGGGAGUAAAUGGCGUGUGUGAACAACUUAAGAGGACCGUGCUCUCUUAGGAACGUUAAACACUCCUGGGAUGGCAGGUGGUGGGAGCAGCCUCUUUGUUGCUCCUGGCUGACGUCACUGCCAGGUCCCUGAGCAGCUGCCCCAGCCCUGCCCACAGACUCUCCUGGGCAUCUCCAGGGGUCCUGGGGAGGCUCUGUGGGGGCAUAUGUCUGGCUGGCAGCUGGCUCCAGCGCAGGGCCAUGUGAGAGUGUGGGCGCGCGGUGGGCAGGCAGGGAAGCACUCUAGAGAAGGGGUGCAUCAGGAAGCCCUGGAUCUGAGUCCUGGGGGGCUGGCAGCCCCUCCUCACUCUCGCCCUGGUCUGUCCCUCCCUGUCCGUCUGUCCUGCCCCUCUGUCCCUGGGGCUGUGGGAGGCCAGGCCCUGGCUCAGCACAGCUCCAUGUGUUUCCAGGCAAGAGAAUCAGCAGAACUUUGCAGUGGCCCGGACCUAUACCCGAAGGACAAGCUGCUGCAGUUCUCCCCCAGCCUCGAGGAGUCUUCAUCCUCCAGGUACCAGAACUUCAGCAAAGGAAGUAGACGCACAUCAGAUGCAUCCUACAUACACCCCUUCGCCACGGACUAUUUCGAUAGUGGGCGGUUCCAGAAGCCCCCGGAAGAUGAAGAUGACACCAAUUCCUAUGAGAACGUGCUCAUCUGUGAGCCAAAGAAAACCGAAUCAGGGGACGAGGAGUCUGACGGUUAUCAGAACUCAGCAUCCAUCCGGCAGUGGCGGGAGUCCAGGAGAGUCGUGGAGCCGGUCCCGAGGGAAGCACCUCCCUACCCGGUAGGAAGCCCAGACGAGGACGACGGGGAGCCCGAUUACGUGAAUGGGGACGUGGCAGCCAUCAAAGCCUAGAGAAGCCCUGGAGGAAGGAGCCAGGGAACCAUAUACUGCCUCCCCAGGGUCCCUUCUCCAGAGCUGCUCAACUUCUAGACCCCCUACGGCUACUCCUGGGAGGAGCACCAAUGCACCCUGAGGACCAGCCAGCCGGCCACGGGGUACCCAGCCCAGGAAAGGACAGUUACGCAUGGAGCCGCCCUCUGACCGGCUCCCACGGGCAAGGCAGGAGCCUGGGGCCGAGGGCAGCUCCUGCUGUGGUCAGAUGCCCAGGACUCAGGGCAGUCGCAUCCCCUUAACCGCAUUUAAAACAUCAUACUACA